AUGAGCACGGAGGGGUCCUCCCGGCGGCAGAGCAGCAGCCCAUCAAUAUUCUCUCUUGUGAAGGAGUGGCGCCUCGUCUCGACAGAGAGGCCCGAGGAGGAGAGGAAGCCCCAUAGGUUUUAUCAGGUGUUGGCUGUUCUCCUGAUUACCGUGACGUUUGCUCUCCUCGUAGGUCAGCCGGCAAGGGACUCUUAUUACCACAGUUCUACGCUGCUCUUCGAUUUCUAUGCAGCCUCCAUUUUCUUCAUGUUUUGGACCGGCAUGGUCCUGACGGCGCUCUCCCUCGUUGCUCCUCAAAGAGCCACAAACAUGAUAGGCUGGAUGCGAAAUUGGGAAACGUGGGUUGCCGGCUUCUCACUGGUACAGGUCUUCGUGCUGCGGUGCUGCCUCGAAUUUCACAGUUCAUUGCUGAUCCACGCUGGGGCUUACUUCAUCGCCAUGGUGUUGAUCGCCGCAGCCCUUCCUCUCCUCAACUGGAUCAAGCACAUGGUGAGCUCUCCCCCUGAUGAGCUUCAUUCUGAAGUGUGA